AUGUCGGUAAGAAAUCGUACGGCACCCGUUCCUGACAGAAUAAGACCAGAACACCUGAAGAGCCUUCCGCCAGCACUCAUCAACACCCUGGCGAGGCUCUUUAAACGUUAUCUGGCGGAAUGUAAGGUUCCUAAACGGUGGAAGACCAGCAAGACCGUGUUGUUGCACAAAAAGGGAGAUCCACAUGGCAUCGGAAACUAUCGUUUAAUCUGCUUACUGUCUGCCAUCUGCAAACUCUUCGCAAGAGUGAUCUUUAAUAGGAUUGAAAAAGUCUUGGAUGAAGGACAGCCAUGCGAGCCGUGCAGGGUUUCGAAAAGCACGAUUGACCACAUUCACACUGUUUCGAAACUCAUCGAGGUAUCACGAGAGUACAUGCUGCCGCUCUGCCUCACCUUCAUCGACUUGAAGAAGGCCUUCGACUCAGUUGAGAUGGAAGCGGUCGUGGAAGCCUUGGACAACCGAGGCGUCCCAACUCAGUACAUCAUUGACGUGAAGAGAGGGGUCCGACAGGGUGAUACAAUUUCACCCAAAAUAUUCACGGUCACCCUCGAGAACGCAAUGCAAAAGUUGGAAUGGGACGACAUGGGAGUGAAGGCUGAUGGUCGGCAGCUACACCAUUUGCUGAUGACAUCGUACUGA